AAGAUCCUUAAUGAAUAAGAUGAUUUGCCUCUGGACACUGAUAAAACUGUUAUUCGAUAGAGUUCGAAUAAAUAUUGUUUACGAUCAUCAAUAACAAGUGAGUACGACUGUAAAUAUCGUGAUCUCAGAAUGGCGCCAAGAGAUGACUCCUUGUAUUACGAAAAAAGGGGUAAAAAACUUGUUUCUACAGUUGGUUUGCACUAUUAUACAAACAGGGAACAAUAUAUGAUAUCUGGAAAUGAAUGGUUGAAGGGCAAACGAUGUGAUGAUGACCUUGGAGGACUUUGGAGAAUACACGAUAGGGUAUAUGAUUUGGGGAGUUUCAUCAGGAAGCAUCCUGGAGGACCAGAAUGGAUUCAGAUGACCAAGGGUACCGAUAUCACAGAAGCAUUCGAAGCACACCACAUCAAAGGAGUAGCAGAACAAUUACUCUCAAGAUACUUCGUUAAGGAAGCCACAACUCCAAGAAUAAGUCCGUUCAAAUUCAACGACAAAGGUUUUUACAGAACGUUGAAAAGAAGAAUCGCCGAAGAAUUACCACAUGUUCCAAAAUAUGUAGCUCAACAGUCCAAAUUACUAGCUGAUAUAAUUAUGUCCACAUACCUUCUUCUCUUUAUAAUAGCAGCAAGCUGUGAGAAUUACUAUAUUGGAAUACUGGCUGGAUAUUUUCUCACCCUUACUGUUAAUAUAAGCCACAAUUUCAUACACCAAAAGGAUAACUUUAGAAUGUACUAUUUGGACUUAUCCAUGAUGUCAUCCAGAGAAUUUCGGGUGAGUCAUGUUCUGAGCCAUCAUUUAUUCCCAAACACGAUUCAUGACUUGGAGAUCAGCAUGUACGAACCAAUAUUGUACAUAAUGCCGCAGACUAAAUCUUUCUUGGAGAAGAGUUUGUCAUGGUUGUAUGCUCUAUUGCUUUUUCCAACACUUUCUAUAAAAGCCUAUUUUUCCACGUUGAUACAAGAAAGGAAGAUCGAUAUACGUACCUUCAUACCUUGGAUACCAUUGCUAUUGACUUUAAUCAUAGCACGUUCAGAGUUUUUGGAGACUAUAAAAAUGUUUUUCUGGAUUAUCAGUUGGGGAAGUUUAACUUUCCAUUUAAUUGGCAAGACUGCUGCUCAUCACCACCCCGAAAUAUUCCAUGAUGGAGACGCUGCCAGGCCUUCAGAAGAACUGGAUUUUGGAGUACACCAACUCGAUGCAGUCAGUGACAGACCAAAUAUAAGAGGAUCCCUCAUACUGGUGCUGACAAACUUUGGCGAUCAUGCGUUGCAUCAUCUAUUUCCAACCCUAGACCACAGUAUUCUUGAUUAUCUGUAUCCAACAUUUCUCAAGACUUGUAUAGAUUUUGGAGUAGAAUGGAAACUCCAUUCUUCAGGAGAAUUACUUGGUGGUGCUGUUAAGCAUUUGGUUAGAGAACCCAGGACAACACCACCACAAUCUUUGAAGAGAAAAACAUUGUAAUAAAAUUGUAGUUUUCGGACAAUUUAUCUCUUUUUCCUCUUUCUUUUUGGUGGGUCAAAAUGUCAACGAAGUUUGUAGUAUUUAUUAUUAAAUUUUUUUCUUGAA